CUUCAGUCACUCAGUUUAACCUCUCCACUGACUGCACCGGGGCUCCUCGCGCUCCAUCCUAUCGUCUGGAUUAUCUCAUGCAGUUAUUAUUAUUAUUCCUCGCGCGAGUUUUUACUUGACCCGAACAGGAAGUCGCUUCUUUUUUUCUUGUUGUUCUUUUACCUUUGGCGGAAGAUAAAGUGCUUCAUUUCAAGCUCGGUUUCAAUGCCAAAUUCAGCAGCGGCGAUGAGCAAAACCGGGAUGGUGACAAAGAUCCACACGCGGAUACGAGCGGAUCCGUUUUCGGCGCAUUACGAGCUCGUGGGCAAAGAGCUGGGCAGGGGAAAGUUUGCCGUGGUGAAGAAGUGCAUUGAGAAGGCGACGGGGAAGCAGUACGCUGCCAAGUUCCAGCGAAAGCGGCGGAAGGGCGCGGACUGCCGCAUGGACAUCUUGAACGAGAUCGCCGUGCUGGAGCUGGCCAAGGCCAACCCGUACGUCGUGGCGCUGCACGAGGUCUACGAGACCAGCACCGAAAUCAUCCUCGUCCUGGAGUGCGCUGCCGGUGGUGAAAUCUUCGAUCAGUGCGUCGCCGACAAUGACGAGGCCUUCACAGAGAAGGACGUUAUGCGGCUGGCGAGGCAGAUCCUGAGCGGCGUGGCCUUCUUGCACCGAAACAAUGUCGUGCAUCUGGAUCUGAAACCCCAGAACAUCUUGCUGACCAGCGCCAGGCCGCUCGGCGACAUCCGUAUCGUGGACUUCGGCCUGUCCAGACGCAUGGACAGCAUCACGGAAGUGAGGGAGAUCCUGGGUACCCCGGAGUAUGUGGCGCCCGAGAUCCUGAACUACGAACCCAUCAGCACGGCGACAGACAUGUGGAGCAUCGGGGUCCUCACCUACGUCAUGCUGACGGGCGAGUCCCCCUUCCUGGGCGACGACAAGCAAGUGACGUUUCUCAACAUCUCCCAAGUCAACGUGGACUACUCGCCGGACACGUUCGACGGCAUCUCCUCCCUGGCCGUCGACUUCAUCAAGAGCCUGCUCGUCAAAAACCCCAGGAAGAGAGCCACAGCAGAAGAAUGCCUCAGCCACCCCUGGCUGAACCCCCACCCCCACCCGCACCCGCACCGCCACGCCAGGUCGGCCUCCUCCCUGGACGAGCCGGAGACCAGCCAGUCGGAGUCGGAGCCGGACAGCCCGGUCCCCUCCCCCGACCUGGACGACCUGAUCGGGUCGUACCUGACGUGCCCGGGCCAGGGCGAGCUGAAGGCGGGCCGCGACGCCUUCUCCUUCGGCGAGCCCCCGUUCCCCGCGCGGCCCGAGAUCCAGCAGGAGGUCAUCUGCUGAUGGACCCCGCCCGGAGACUCGGGGCUUGAACUCACCUGAACGCCGGCGAGCGAGCAGCUUCUCCGUCUUUAUCCGAGCUGACGCCGAACCUGAAGGCGACUGUACGCCAGGCUGCUUUUACUGCUGUGAUGUCUGCGAGCGGCGCCGUCUCUCGGGGAGGUGGGGGAGGGGGGGAUUCGGAGGACACCGGGCGACCCGCGCUGUGGUAGAGCGCCCCCCCCCCCCAUGCACUCACACACUGGUUUUCUUUUGACCCACAUGCAGAGAGGGAAAACUCCACCGAGACAAGCUGAGCUUCCGCUGACUGAGAAUUGCCUUCUGCGGCGAGUUUAUCGAGGAGAGGAGGAGGUUUUGACACAUCGACCUCCAGAAAUGAAAGAAUGGAGCAAAGCAGAAUGCUGAAAACAGCAGUUUAAUUAUUAUUUUUUACAUGUUUUAUUUAUGUCCAGACCACUUUAGCCCCUAUUCAGUAAUCAUAACCACAGAAAUCCCUGUUUAGGACGGAAAUGGUAGCAUUCUUAUUUUUAAGGACAAUCUUGAGCACUUUUUUUUUUUUUUUGUUUUUUUUAUUUUGUUGUUAGACUGUGUGUGUUAGUGAGAAACCAAAGGCUCAUGGAGCACAAUCAGAUGUCACACAUUGUACGGUAAAGAUCCUUCAUCACGGCGUCUUUUUGUCAUUAAGUGCCACUUUUGCAACCUCACGUCUUUCAUCGUCACAUUGCAGACUUUGUUCUCUUUUUGUUUUGUUGCCGUUUGCACAAGUUGCACAGUCUCUUUUUAAGAUAACUCCAAGGUUGCCGUUUGAUUUCAUGCUCUUUAAAUAUGUAGAAAAACAAAACAAGUCUUAGGAAGGGAGAUUCAGAGGGGCUGAAAGAAGCAGGUUUUUUUUUUUGUUUUUAUUUUCAUUUGUAAUGAUGAUCGUACACGUGGUCAACUGAAGGCUGAGAUGUGUAUGGAUACGAGACGUUUGCCUUCAGAAGCUCGGGAGCAGAGAAAUUAAGAGUUUCUCAAAAGUACUGAAAUGUAUAUUGUGACUUAGUAUUAAAAUGAAUCUGUAAAGAUAAUUCCUGUUUUGUUUUUUUCUAUGGAAAUGGUAACAUCAUCAUAUUGCGUCUCAUUUUGUAUGUUCUCUUUUAUGUUUGCUGUUUUUCUUGCUCUUGAAUUCCAGGAUGGUUUUGCACUUGUCCCCGUGGACGUUAUGUAAAAAUGAAUAAAUGUUGAUGGCAUGCAUUGCAAAAUGUAACUCGGAAAAAUACAUGUGCAUUUUUUUUUCCUAUCAAACCGAUCUGUGUGUGGGGUUUUUAUUUGUUU